AUGGUUGGCUCGGUGAAGACUUUUGACCCGGCGAAGGGUUAUGGCUUCAUCUCCGCACCCAACUUUCCUGUUGACAUCUACUUCAAGCCUGAGUUAGAGCCUGUGGCGGUCGGGCAGCAGGUGACUUUCACCAUCCACUGGACGCCUCAGGGCAAGCCCCAAGCAAGAGAGGUAACGAGCCCUAUGCAAGCUGGGGAGAUGUUGUACGGGACCGUGCGGCGAUACAACCCGAACAAAGGCUUCGGUUUCCUCGCGGUGGAGGGUCGCUCGCAGGAUGUUUACUUCCAGAAGAAAGACCUGCCGGCCGAGCAUCAGGAAUCUUCGGGCUUGGAUGGCGCGCAGUUUCAGUUCAGUGUCACCAUUUCAUCGGCGAACAAGCCGCAGGCCCAGGACAUGGAACUGUUAUCCAUGCCGGCGCCCGGCAGCGGCGGCGGUUGCGGCGUCAAGAGGCCAGCUCCCAUGCAGGUGCCAGUGAGGCCGUCCCAAGGACCGCCGGCAGCCUCGCCGGUUGUGGUGAGUCCGAUGAAAAGGCUGAGGCCGACGCCAACAACACAGCCGACCGUGGUUCCUCCUCCCAUGGCCUUUGCGCCGCGCCCCGCCCUGGGCGGCAUGCAGCUGGGCGUGCAGCAAAUGAUGGCCGCUGUGGGGCUCUCACCCACACUAGGGCCUGCCGGCGCGAACGGCAAGACCCCGGGGACCGUGAAGUCCUUCAACCCAAUGAAGGGUUUUGGCUUCAUCGCGGCGCCGUCCCUUCCUUCGGACGUAUACUUCAAUGCCAAGUCGCUACCAGACGAGUAUCGUCAGGUGGACCUCACCGGGCAGCAGGUCUCCUUCAACGUUCGGUACACCGCAGACGGCAAGAUCCAGGGCACCGACGUCCAGGUCGGAUUUUAG